GUGGUUCACAGGUCACAUCACGUGUACAUAUAAUUAAAUAUACAUGUAGAUGCAAGCGCACCGAGAAAAUCUUGAGCCUUGUUGACGACUAAAACAGGUUUCCCCCCUUAAUUAUGCCUAAGAGGAAGAUACCCGAAAGAUGGGAGUGCUAUGAGCCGUUAGGGAGAACCAUUAACGGGACCAGACUCAUAGCUUUCAAAGUGCCAUUGAAUAAGGCAUUAAGUGAGAAUUUGCCUCCAAGGUUCAGGUUUACUCCAGAAGACUUACUGAAGAGGGUAAAGGAAUCGGGACUCGGUCUUGGUCUUAUUAUUGAUCUAACCAACACUAGUCGCUACUACAAUCCACAAGACUUUGUUCAAGCUGGCAUUGAAUACCGUAAACUUUACACAGAAGGACAUGUCAUACCCCAACAGAAAAUUGUUCAAAGCUUUACAACAAUCGUCCAAGAAUUCACACAUCAACACUCCGAUGAUGAUCUUGUCAUAGGAGUUCAUUGUACACAUGGCAUCAAUAGGACUGGCUACCUUUUAUGCAGAUACAUGAUUGAGUGCUUAGGAUGGACAGCAAGUGCCGCAUUGGCUGCAUUCGGAAAAGCAAGAGGUCAUGAAAUGGAGAGGUCAAAUUACAUUGCUGAUCUACAUUCACUGAGCAGUGAGGCAAGGCAACCAUCAAAAACACCUUCAGGGCAUGUACAUGUAAUGCAAGUUGAUGACUUAUCUACACAGUCAUCUACAGAUGGUGAAAGGGGCAGUUCAUUACAUUACACUACAAAGCUGAUGGGACCUGAUAACAGAAACGUCCAAGGAAUUAGCUGUGAUAGUAGGAUAAGGAAACACAAGGACCAGUAUCGCUAUCAACCGUACAAUUGUAGAGGUACAAAGACUCUUCAAUACAGUAGAGGAUGUAAAAGUGGUUUCAAAGGACCACAAGAUAAGUCAUUAAGUGACAGGGGCCAAAGCAGCAUUGCUUACCAGAAGCAGUGGCAAAGUCACAAUGAGUCAACGAGAAACAGGGGCUGGAAUUCGAGGAAUGAAGAUCGUCGUUAUUACCAGCAACCUCAAGCAAGACAAUACAAUGAUUAUCCUGCACCUUGGGUUGGUAACUCAGCAUGGGCCAAUUUCCAUGGAUAUCAAAGCCACAGACAAUUUGACCAUACUGGCCACAUAGUAUCACAAGUAAGCAGAAGGAAUCGGGGGAGAACAAAUGGUAAGAUGUGAACAAUAAUUACUGCAUCGCCAGGACAAAUUGGGGAGCAUUUCAGAAAAGAAUGGGGAUUCUAGCUUAUCCAUCCUUUGGUAGGCCACUGCCGAUUUUGCACGUUUGUAAGCAAGUAACAGGGGCGGAUCCAGGAAUUUUCGCAGGGGGGUGUUUUCAUCAGCAAAAAAAUCUGAAAAUGUACACAGGUUUUUUUUCUCCAGACACUUGGCCUCCAUAAAAUCAAAAA